ACGAUAGGGUAACGGUAGCAAGCCAACCAUGCCAUGUUUAGGUGUGUUGUGUUCAGACGCAUUGUCCCCCACAGCUGAGGAUAGGCCUUGACAGCAUAUAUUCCGUACAGGACUUUUAAAUCAACAAACUUCGGACAGAGAGUCUUCGACAAGAUUAACUUACACUGCCAUUAGGAGGCAUGUUGAAAUAUGAAGCUGAUUUAUUUGUGGAACGUGAUCAGGCAUUGAAUGCCUGAAGUUUUCACCAUUGUGUUGUUUGGAGUAAACACAAUGUGAUAGCACCUACAUAUAUAUAUUCUUUUUGUGGAUCUGGAAUUUGUUGUACAGCUGGUGUGACAAUGAUGUUUGAGUAAACAAGUCGUUAAGGUUUUUUUCCAAAUUGACUGGAGUGCUUUGGAGUUUUAUGUGAUAUAGAUGUGAGGUAUUGUGACAAUGUCUGUCACACACGUUCAGGCGACCUUGCCUCCGACUGUUAUGGAACCUGUGUUGGCCACAGAACCUGCCUAUAGAGGACAUGUGCUGAAAUCACUACAUAGCAAGCCCAGAAGUUUGGUAGAUGGUCAAACCCCUGCAGUUGUGUCCAGCGUGGACAUCGAAGAGAUCAACUCCAAACCUUCUGUUCCAUACCGUCUUCCGCGGAUUUCCCCCGGCGUGACGCCUCGUCUGUGUUGCAGUGAGGAGGAGAGCGAAGAUGAGGUGUCAGAGAAGAUGUGGGGGAGGUUUGGUUAUGAGGAAAUAAUCCGAAUCCCCGCCUUGACGCCUAAUAUCAACAGGGUGACAAUUGUGAAUAACCCACGGAUGACCAAUUCCCUAAACACUUCUUUCGGCACUGCCAUUCCCCGAUUCCGAACUGCUGCCAUUACACCAACUAAGUCUCUCUCGAAGAUUAAAGAUGAGAUAGAGGCAUAUAAAAGUCUACUGGAGAAGGCCAACAUGGGAGACAACUCUGACACUGCUGCCUACCCCGACCCUGCCCCCUCCCCAGUCAGCCGCAGUGCCUCGCCCACCAAAUCGGUCAAGAGUAUUCACUGGACCCUGGGCAGCAGUGUCAACAAACAACUCAUGUUUGAUAAGAGGGGUAGAGGAAGAGCACAGGGACCCUUCUCCCGUGAGUUCACAGUCACAUGUUUUGCUCCACAAAACUGGCUGAGGUUGAAGCUGGGACGAUCGAAGACCAUGUAUCACUAGCAAUGGAGAAAUUAAAAUUACAAACAAAACAUCGCCUUGAAAAUGCUGGUGUUAUACGGUGACAUUUAGAGGUAUGCUUGGCUCUGCCAGUGAGGUCUGGGAAUCAUGAAUGACUUCUGUUGUGUAACGGUCAAUUAACUUAAGUUUUAUUGUGAAGUUUCAUCUGGUAAUAUAGCCUUUGUUUACUGUCAUGAUAAAAUACAUUCAGGGAACUACACAAGUAUUACAUGGGUGUUGGCGUCAAUUAUUCAAGUCUUAAUAAUUUGUUGUCAUGGAUACGGACAUGCCAGCAGGCCCUGUUGAUCCAGUCUCAUGUGCUGCAAGUUGCUGUGCUCAGUUGCGUCCCUUAGGCAUGCCAGAAACCUAUGAUUAUAGGUUCAAAUCCUGGUUCACCCUGAUUAUUUUUCUAGGUUUGCAAGCACCAUACCUGUGCUCAUGGGAUUCGCCGAAGUGGUAAACACCUUGGACCUGCUUCACUUUGGGCUUUCCUCUGACAUCUUGCUGAUAUACUGUGAUAUGACGAAUAAUGUUCAAAUCGGUAUUAUCCAACUCUCUCACUCACAACGGCUAGACCUGCACUCCGUUCUUUUGGGAUGUUUGUUUCAAACAACUGCUGUCGUUAUUUGUUUUUAGCUUUUAUUUCAAAAACUGUGAGGAAAAUGAAAAUUGUUACCUAAAUGGUAUCCAAAAGUCUUCAAACAGUAAAUUCAUUAUUUAUUAUCAAUCGUUUUUGUUAUCUCAGAUGCACUUGUAAUACUAGAACUGAAAACAGGUUUAUGAAUGUUUCACACAUAAGAAUUGUGUUUAUGAUCCAUGCAUGAUCGAGGGAUAAUACUUUGUGGGUGGACUAACGGGAUCGGGUGGUCAGGCUCGCUGACUUGGUUGAUGCAUGUCAUCGAUCCCAGGUCUAUUCAUGUUGUUGGUAAAAAAAUCAUAUUUGUUCAGAUGUACAAACGCUUGUAAAGAACUUGCUAGAGCACACUUACAUUUUGUUGUUCCUUAUGAUGUUCAGUUUUUUGUGAGAUUUCAUUCUGAAUGAUUUUUAACAUUUCAAAAUAAUAAAUGAAAGGAUCUUCCCAAAACAAACCAGAUAUUGGACAUAUUAAAAACAGGCAACUAGCCACAACAUUAUUAUACACCCUUUUGGUUGUAGAAGCUGUAAUCAACGGCAUACAUAAAAUAUCAAUAACAGUAUCAUAGCAUCCCUUUUUUUUGCAUUUGGAACUCCCCAAUUAUAUUUAUUUUCAAGAUGUACAGAAAUCAGAUAUGUUUGUCUUGUUGUUUUUAUCUCUUGUAGAGAGACUUUAGAAGCCUUUGCUAAUUAGAAAGUUCACCUAUUGCUGCCUGCUGUGUGUCCUCAGAUCUUUGUGCAGAGAGGUGUUAUUCUGAGUAAAAGAUCUGAUUUUAAAGAGAUUGGUGUAUACCAUGUAAGCCAUGACAGCACAGCCUAACACCCUUCCCAUCAGUGAGCAGCAUCAGACUCUGACUUACUGGUGAAAGUUUCAGGUUUUUACUUCUGAUCCUUAGGCCAGACUUCUUAUUUCAUCCAAACCAGUAAGCUUACAUCAGUCGAUGUAAGUAAAGGUUUGUGUAGCUCAAAAUGUUUUUUAAAUUUUGCAUCAAGUUGUUUGGGUGAGUCACUUAGCGGGAAAGCAUACAUUCCUAUUCUUUUUGGAUGUUAAUAUGUGUGCAUCUGCUGCUGUCAGAGGUCUUGUUCCCUGUAUGAGGUGUUAAGAGAUUACACAUUCCAGCUGAACAUUUACAAUUAAAGAAGUUAACAGUAUCAGUUGCUCUUCUGUUUGAUUUUUUAUUUGCAUCUUCUUUACCCCAGCAGGGAUAGAAAUCUAUUAUUUUCAAGUCUACCACAGGGCACUCCUAAGAUGUAGAUGUACCCUUUGUACUUAACAUCUGCCAACAAGCGGAAUAUAUUUUAUUCAUCUUUGAACUCUGUAAACGUCCUUUCACCAAGGUUACAUAAUAAGCAGUGAAUCAUACAUACUGUGCAUUAAGCCAAGUGGUAAUUUCCCAUGUGUUUGUCAUGUUUAUUUGUGGUUUCAUAAAAUAAACAUUGUCACAAGGUAUUUUUGUCCUUCCAGCAACUAACUAACAAUAACCAUGGCGUUAUGGAUGUAACAGUCAUCAGCACUAAAAUACAAGGAAUUUCAAACCAUGUCAUGCAUCAAAGUUAGAACAGUGGACUCAUAAAGUAUCUGUAGCUAUCAGCUAUCAUAAAGCAUAUUUGUUCUUUAUUUUAAUAAGUGGAAUCACUCAUUGAAUUAUAAAUUUUACAAUUCCUAUGGGAAAAAGUGUCAAAUUUGAAGCAUUCAUAAAAUAUAUCAUAAUCAUUUAUUGUGUAGAGGCAAUUAUUCAAUUACAGAUGCAAAAUGUAUAGCACCUAUCUUUAUUUGUGUCUUAUUAUGGUAUUGCCUGAUGUGACUGUUGUUUAUAUAGCUUUUAUAAACAGGUACAUUUAGAAAAUAAAACAUAAAAUUGUUUUCAAAGGGGAACAACUCUUGCAGGCAUAAUUACAUCAAUGGGGCAGUAUACCUGUGCACGUCAAAUUACUUGAUCAGUAUAGUCAUUGGAAAACGUGGAUUUUGAUAAGCCAAAAUGACUCGGUCCCAAGUUGUAUACAUGCAUGAUUAAUAUACACAGUAUAACUUUAUUAAACAGUACGCUCUGUGGGCUUGGGUAAAAUAGAGCUGACACAAAGGCAGUGUUAUAUGACCUUCGGGGUACGGGUGGUCAAGUCGUCUAAGGUGCCAAAAUUCUCUGUGCAGAGCUGUGUCAUUUGGGCAGCCCAGAAAUCUAUAAUUGUGGGUUCGAAUCCUGGUUUUUGUUUCCAGGUUUGUCUGCACCAUCCCUGUGCUUGUGGGUUUCACCAAACUAGUAUAUGUCUGAGGUCUGCAUCACUUAGGGCUGUCCUCCCACAUUACUCCAUGAUAUGACUAGAUUACUGUUCAAAGAGGCAUUAAACCCAAUCGCUCACUUAUACGACUUGUCUCCUAUUGAAUGUCUGUUAACAGAUUCUUUAAACAAAACCACAAUUAUCAGUUAAAUCUGUAACUUGCAAUGAAUGUCUAUCUGGAAAUUCUAAUGCACACAACUGAUACCUUGAGAAAACUGAGUUUAAUUCUAACACUAUUCAUUUCUUCAUUCUUCAAUCCUAUGUGGAAACGUGCUUGAUAAGAGUUUCCAGCUUCUUAAAACAAUGCACCCAAACACAUCCCAGCAUCACCAUGGUCAUGAACCCAAGAACUGGGUAAUGCACUUAAUCUUGUGCAGAGCAACCUUACACGACCUAAUGAUGUGUCUAUAUCUGACACAUCAUACUCUUUCACAUUGCCACACAGUGGAGAUGUGUUUGUCAGUAUAGAGAAGACAUUUUUUUCCUGCGGGUUCUCUACCCAUUCACUUCGCGUAGCUGUUUCUGUCCACGUUGAGAGGAAUGGACAAGACAGAUCUUCCACAACCGGCAUUGCCGACAUACUUUUUCCAACUCAGAUUGACACGUUUGGUGCUGUGUUUGUCGCGGCAGGUGCAGUAUUGAUGCAUUCUGUUCCGAAUGUAAACACCUUUUGGGGGCGGAAUUUCUUGUCUGCUUACGCAGGUGUCAUUGGCCGUCACUUAAAAUCUCAA